AUGGAGGCCAUCAGCGCGGCGGCCACGGCGGCGGCCACGGCGGCGACACUCUCGACCAGUUUGGGAAUCCAGCGGGAUAUCGCUGAAAUCCUGACGCGGCAGUCGUUCCUGAUCAUGAUUGCCAAGGCUCUGAUUCUCUACGGAGCACCGUCGCAUAGGAUUGAGGAGACCUGCGCGUUGUUGGCAAGAAAAAUGGAUGUGGACGCUUCAUUCGCGUUGCUGCCUGGGUUAAUGACCAUCUCGUUCAGCGAUCCCGAGACACAUACCAGUGAUACAAGGCAUCUGCGGUGCACGCAGGGCAUGGAUAUGUACAAGCUCUCGAAGGUCUACACAAUCGCAUGGGGUGUCCUGCAUGGCGAAGGUAUCGAGGAGGCAAACAAGAAACUCGAGAAAGUCACUAUUGAACCUGGAUAUUAUCCCGUCUGGGUCACGGUCAUGUCCUGGAUGUUCGCUGCGGCGUUCGUGGCGCCCUUGGCGUUCAACGGCAGUUGGCUCGACACAGUGUUGGCGGGAUUCUGUGGUUUGUUGGUGGGAUUGCUCGGAGUCGUCGCGGCCAAGUUCCCGGUGUAUGGAAAUGUGUUUGAGGUGACCUCGAGCAUUUUGGUCGGGUUCAUUGCGAAGGCGUUUGGAGACCGAGUGUGCUUCUCGGCCGUAGCACUCGCGGGUGUGGUGGUGUUGUUACCAGGGUUGUUGUUGACGCAGUCGAUUAUGGAAUUGGCAUCGAGGAAUAUCGUGUCGGGCGCGGUGAGGAUGUUCUAUGCGCUGAUGUAUGCCUUCUUCCUCGGCUUCGGACUCUCCCUCGGCGCUGAGAUCUGGGACUCUAUUGGUGGGGAAUCGACGGCCCCUGCGUCGGCAUGCGAGAAGGGCGUGAACCAUUGGUGGCUCUUUUUGAUCUUCCCUGCGGUGUCGACUUCGAUCAACAUUGUCUUCAACGCGCAUCCAAGCCAGUGGCUCGGUAUGACCGUAGUCACCGCCGUCGGCUUCACGGUCUCGUACUUUAUGACGGCCGGUCCACAGGUUACGCCCGCGGUUGCGGCGUUUGCGGUCGGCGUUGCAGGGCAGGCCUACGGUCGGAUAACGGGCAAGCUAAGCUAUGUGCCUCUGCUGAGCGGAGUUCUUUUGCUGGUUCCAGGAAGUGUCGGCGUGAGAGGAGUGCUGGCCAUCAUUGGAAGUGACCCGGGUCAGGGCUUUCAGUUUGCGCUGCGGAUGGUCAAUAUCUCUGUGAGCAUCACGCUCGGCGUGUUCUGUUCUGCAUUGGUCUGGUACCCAUUCUGGCGCAAGAGUACAUUUAUGAACUUUUAA